AUGAAUCUCGAGUUUCGUAAGAGUCUCCGACGGAAGAAGACUUCGACCGUCCCGCCGCCGACGGUCGAGCGUGAUGUGAACGCCGAGAUCAGUCUCAAGGGCUGGCUCUCCCGACUCGAAGGAUCUCCUCUCAAGCAUUGGAAGAAACGCUGGUGUGUUCUGGCGCAGUACGCUCUGUUCGUCUACAAGGACGAAGACGAGCAGAAGCUGUUGACUUCCGUCCUUCUGCCAGGAUACAAUGUGCGCGUAUGCACGAGCCAUGACAGAGUGUCGCAUAAAAACGCGUUCGUGGCCGAACACAGCCAGAUGAAGUCGUUCUAUUUCGCUGCGGACUCGAACGCCGCCAUGUGCCAGUGGAGGAACUCGAUGGCGCAGGCGGCUACCGUGCAAAUACCCCCGCCCGAGCACAUCAGUCCGCCUCCGCAGGCCGUCUACGAAAGAGACUACGGUCGAUAUUUAGCCAUGACGUGCGUGACGCGCUCGCCGAUCUACGCGAACGCUCCGCCGAAACCCAAGAGACUCUCUCCGCCGAACAACAGACCGAGAUCGGCGGAUUUCCUAAAUGAGCAAGAUCCGCGUCGGCCAGAGCCACUGCGUCCCCAUACGAGCAUGAAAAUGUUCGAUCCCCAUUGGGGAGCGCCAGCUCAUCCGCGGAGGCCCAAGUCGUGUCUGGCCGAACCAAUGUUCUCCGAUUAUCGCUCUUCCCCGACCGCGUCGUCGGCGAGGAGCAAGCGCAUCGAUAGCGCCCCUCAAGACAUUUACGGGUCCUUGCAAGCCCAGCCCCAGAUCCUGCAUCCUGCGCCCAUCCGACUAUCCAACGGGAGGUUCAGUAGUCCUUCGACAUCGGCGUCGUCCACGCCCCCUCCGUCAUUCAACCGUCACGCCAACUUUCACAACAGCUCUGAGUGUUAUACCCCGCCACAGGCUAACUUCAGUAGUCUAGCGCACUCGUUGAACUCUCUCAGUCGACCUUCAGGGCAUCAACACAUCCCGCAACAGCUGCAACAUCCCCAGCAACCGCCAUCUCAUCAGUACCCCCAGACCCGGUUCCAACCGGCUCCGGACUUAUCGCGAAGCACAAAUAAUGUCAUCAUGUCUCCCCGUAGUUCUCUCAGAAUCGCAUCUCCCCACAGGAAACCCCCGACAGGGAGAACGAUUUCGUUUGCCAGUUCCAUAAGCGGCCUCGAUGAGAUUCAACCCUCGAAAUUAGAAAUGUUCCGCCAGCUACCUCAGCCGAGCUAUUCUACGAAGUCGCUGUACGAUUCCAGAGACUUGAGUCUUCACUCGUCGCGUGAUCUGCAAUCUCUCCAGAGCUUAACCGAUAGCCAGUACUCUACGGCUCCGCCGGAGUCGUCGCUGCCGUCUCUAGAAAGCAAUUCCGACGUGAUGAUGGUCGUACCGUCUCCAGUGCAACAUUUCACCAACGUUCCUCCGGCCCAGCUGCGGAUGCAAGCCGCCUAUUCCCCGAAGCCCGAAGUGAGAUCUUCGCCGCCGAAAUACAGCGAAGCUUGUUUGAGGUCGGAAUUGGCUCAGAGGAUAAACUCGAUCUCUGAAUCUGCGGCUUCGUCUAAUUCUCCGCUGAAGAAACAGGAGUCCUCCUCACAAGGCCAGCAUCGAUGUUCGACGCCGACGCGGCCCGAAAAUUCCAGCCGAAAGCUUUUGUUCGACAAGAUCACGUGCUCUCCGGUCAAGACUCCGUUAGCUGAGAAGAAUCGACCCGAAGAACCGUACGCUUACGGACGUGAAGACCUGUUGAAGGCCUCGCAAAUUUUCUACAGUCAAAACGGUCAUAGUCAACCUGUUGGCACCGAGUCGAGGCAUCUGAAUUCGCUCGAUAUUUCGUUCCAGUCCAGCAGUCACAACUCGGUUUUCGAGCACGACAGAGAAGCCGCCCCCGCGCCGAUGCUGCCGAUCAUGUCACAGAUGGAUCGCACCAACUAUGCUAUUCUCAAGCAGGAGAUCGAAGGCUCCAAAGUUCUCGACACGAACAAUAACACGAAUUCACGUAACGGCUUUCGCUCAGCCAGCGAGAGCGUUUCGUCGAACAACUCCCAGAAUUCGAUUAUCAAAAACCUUAGCCGUCCUUUGUCUCCUGAAAGUUCUCCCGUGAAAGAACUCUCCGACGCAGACAUCGAAAAAGCUCCUCGACAAGGAACGGUUUCCGCGAAACUCGCUUUCUUCGAAGCGAAAACAAGCCCGGAACCCGCGCGUCCCAGAUCGACUGUUUUGAACAGUAGUGCCAACAUGAGCAAAGUUCCCGAUCUCAUCGACGAGCUCAGAGAGACUUCUGCCAAGAAUCGCGUCCAUGUCAAUAAUUACGUGACGACAGCCAGCUCCGAGGAUAUUCUGAAAACUAUCACUGCCAACAAACACCAGCGAAGUUUAUCGCUGCUCGAAGGACCGACUCCCGACGUUGUCCCCACGCAAUCUCCUCCUUACUAUUAUUCGGAUCUGAGUUUAUCGGCGCGGAGCAAUUCCAGAGACAGUCUGCGUGAGGUCGCAAAAUCCUCAGCGAGUCGGAAGCAAGAGGCCAACAGCCAGGAGCCCGAUCCGAAAAGUCCGAAGAGUCAAUCUUGCGAGAAUCUCCUCAAGAAACAGUCUUUGAAACUACCCGAGAUCACUCAGUCCGCGUCUUGUCUGCUCGAUUGCGAACCAUUCUACGAGAAUAUCGGUUUUGGCUGCAAGUCGAGCGCGGUCAAAGGUCCAGAGCCGCAGAGUUCUCCGGCGAAAAUUUCUUUUUUAGCGGCUAGCUCGACACAGGCGCAGAAGACAGCCUCUGUCGAUGAGCUGAACACCGGAUCCGAGUCUUCGCAAGAAUCACUGCCAUCGAAGUCUGCCGUCAUCAGGCAAUUCUGUGGUCUGUUUGAAAACUCGUCCCCUGUGAACAACAGCGAUGAAAACGUCAACAACAACAAUCUCUACAAUAAUAAUUAUCACCACCGAUACGAUGGCCGCUCGCUAGGCCCUCCAGAUCUCGUUCAGUCGACGCUGAACUCCUCCGCCGACGCGGGAGAGCACGGCAACGAAAUUUUCGCUCAAAUCAUCAACUCGAUCAAGCGUCCGUCGAAAAUCGAAAUACCCGAGAGAUACGUUUCGGAAUCGGACUCUGAGGCGGAUUUCACGGCGGUCGAGAGACUCGCUCGUUACCAUAAGGCCGACACGAUUCGCCGACGGAUCGCCGGCCAAUCGAGGGAUCAGGCUCAUAGACUCACAGUGAAUCAAGUGAUUGCGAAACAGGCAAAACACGUCAGUAAGAUCGUAGCCGCCCAGCAAUGA